AUGGCAUAUGACGCGGAUCAGGAGGCGUUACGCGGCGUCGCGUACAUGCCGUUGGAAAUCGAGGAUCCGCCGGAGCCGGCGAACAGUAGACGUGCGUCUGGCAGGGAAUCACGUCAUCGUUCUUCUACCCGAUUAGGGUUUCGUAGCAAACGUGACUAUAACGAGUUUCACGAAUUUCACGAGUUCCAAGCAACUCUGGACCAGGAGAGUCAAGCUGGUCCGCCUUCAGCAUCGGAAAGCCGUCUCCAGGCCUCGAACCUGCAUCACAGGCUCGGAGCUGCUGAGAUUGACGUACAUCCGAACCUGAACAGCAGGUUCGGUGCGGCCGAGCUUGACGUGCAGCUUGGCCCUCCGGACCUGACGGAGGAGGGAGCGAGAGAAGAAGUGGGCGAAGAUUGGCGAAGAGUUGGCGACGUGGACGGGUUCAUGCGAGGCGUGUACGAGUACUACUGCGGGCGAGGCUUCGUGUGCAUCGUCACCAGCUGGGUGGGGAGGGCAGCAGACGAGGGAGUAGCAGAAGGAAGGGUAGCAGAGGGGGGGUUGGCAGAAGGGAGGGUAGUGGAGGGUGGAGUAGCAGAGAGCGCAGCAGAGGCGGCGAUGCAUGAAGCGGAGGGGGCGGCAGAGGGCGCGUGCGACGUGCUGAAGCAUGCCAUAAGGGGGGACGUGUUUCGGCAUGUGACUGUGUGGGAGGUGACAGUAACGGCGUACCUGGCGCUGCUGUGCCUGUACUGGCUGCUCUGCUUCGCGCACUUCUUCCUCCGCCUCCCCGCGCUGCUGGAAACGCGCGCUCUCUUCCGCCACAGGUUGCGCCUGUCCGACCAUCAGCUACUCAUGACGCCCUGGCCCGCCGUGGUGGCGCGCCUGGUGCGCGCGUGGAAUGCCGAGGGCGCAGGGGAGAGGGAGGAGCUAGUGGGGGGGCGUGCAGGUGGGGGAGGGGAGGCGCGCAUGCGUGGGGAGGAGGAUUCCAGCGAGGACGAGGAGGAGGGGGAGCCAGUGCAGCAGGGGGGAGAGAGGCAUGGGAAGGGUCUGACAGCAGCAGAGUGGUUGGACUCAGGCGCAACAAGGGAAGGCGGAGCAGGGGAGGGAACUCCAGGGGGGAUUUCAGGAAUGGGAGUGGUGGGAGAGAGUGGAGGGGGAGGGGCAGGCGGGGUGGUGUGCGGAGGCAGGGCGCGGGUGGGGGGCCUGUCAGCAUACGAGGUGGCAGCGCGCAUCACACGGCGAGACAACUACCUGGUGGCGCUGGUGGACUCGCGCCUGCUCACUGUGCGCGUGCCUGCUGGGGGGGGAUCCAGAGGCUCGGGGAGCACGGGCGCUGCGCUCGCUGCUGCGCUGCUCACUGCUGUGGGGCCGCUGCUGUCCUUCCACGUGGUGCAUGAAAAGAGGCGGCGCAAGGGAGGGAGUGGCGGACUGGGGGAGGGGCGAGAGGAGGAGCGAGAGGAGGGGCGGGAGGGCCGGGAGGGGCGGGAGGAGGAGGGGUGUGUGCGGGUGACGGUGUUGAGCAAGACAUUGGAGUGGGUGGUGCACUGGUGUGUGCUGCACCCGCUGCUGGACCGCCACGGCCGCCUGCAGAAACACUUCCUCGACGACCCUGCAGCGCUGCGCCAGCGCUUCAUGCUCUCGGGGUGGGUGCUGGCGCUGCUGUCGCCGUUCGUGCUGCUCUUCGUGCUCUCCUUCUUCCUGCUGCGCAAGGCCCACCACCUCUACCACGAGCCCGCUGCUGCUGGCGUGCGCUCCUGGUCCAACCUCGCGCGCUGGAUGUUCAAGGAGUACAAUGAGGUGGACCAUCUGACUUCCCAGCGUCUGGAUGCGGCAUGCCCACGGGCGGACGAGUACCUGGCGCAGUUCCCCUCGCCGCUGCUCUCACUGGCCGCCAAGCUCCUCUCCUUCGUUGCUGGCUCCUUGGCUGCGCUGCUGCUCGCGCUGGCCCUUGCAGACGAGAAGCUGCUGGAGGCGCAGCUCUUUGGGCGCGGCCUGGUGUGGUACGCAGCUAUACUGGGCGCAGUGCUGGCAGCAGCACGGCCGGUGGCGCAGGCGGACAGGGCGGCGGGCAGUGUGGACCCCAAGGGCGCGCUGCUGCGGGCAGCACAGCACACGCACUUCCUGCCCAGCAGGUGGCGCAACAAGGCACACACACAGCGAGUCAGGGACGAGUUCCAGACGCUGUACCAGCUGAAGCCUCUGCUCUUUUUCGCGGACGUUUUCGCUAUCUUCAUCACGCCCUUCAUUCUCUGGUUCAUCCUACCCCAGGUACCGCCUCCCUCCGCCGCUCUCCCUUGCUCUUCCCCGCGCCUUUCCAUUCCUCUUGUCCAUCUGAACUCGUUUUUUCUGUCAGCUCCUUCUUAUGUUCUGCUCCCAUUUGCCCCAUCCGCCCACCUCCCCAUCCGCCCACCUCCCCAUCCGCCCACCUCUCCAUCCGCCCACCUCCCCAUCGGCCCACCGCCCCAUCCGCCCACCUGGCUGCCCUGCCAUCCCAUCCCACAGAGGGCGGACGCCAUUCUCUCCUUCCUGCGAAGCACCUCCACCUACCACGAGGGGCUGGGCCACGUGUGCUCCCACAGCGCGUUCCACUUGCAGGGAGAGCAGCAUGCCAGCAGCAGCAGGAAGAGCGGUGCUGGGAAUGCGACCAAGGGUGAUAGUGGCAGGAGUGGCAGUGGCGAAGGGGGAGGAGGCGGGAACGGUGGGGGUACGCGAGGAGGGGAGUGUGUGGAUCGACAUGGGGUGGGAGCGUGUGUAGGGACGGUGGGGGAUAUAGCUGUUGGAGUGGAGGGUGGGCAAGGACGCUGGGAGGGGAGGCGCAGAGGGGGGGUUGAUGGCGCGUUGUUGGCAGUGGGCAGCAGCAGUGAGAGCAAGGCGGAGGCUUCGUUUGCCAGGUGGGUGUGGUGGCUGCUCAUAAGGGAGGUUGAGGGUGCGCACUGCACUGGCUGA